AUGGGCUCAAGACGACUCCUUGGUGUAACAUACAAGGGUGAUGAGAUUUUCUAUACUGACAAGCAACAUGACACCGUAAAAAUCCUCAAGAACAAACUCUACUGGCACCAAGUGCUACAUUUGAAUUAUACCACUUAUGAUCUACGGCGUGAACAAGAUUCAAUUAAUCCUCGGACACACCCUGACAUUAUGGUUCUUGCCCAUGAAGACCCAGAUGAGACCAAGGAACCCCACCCAUACUGGUACGCUAGGGUCAUCAAAAAUUUCCACAUAAAUGUCAAACAUCACAGUGGUCAGUCCAAACUCUCGAAGCCGCAGCGAAUGGAUGUACUUUUGGUACGUUGGUUUGCAUGCAACACAAGUACACCCACUGGGUGGGCAGCAAAACAUUGGCACCGAGUUGGCUUUAUGGAUGGGCUUGAACCUGGCACAUUUGGAUUUCUUGAUCCUGACGUCGUGAUUCGAGGCAUCCAUCUCAUUCCGGCAUUUGCAUAUGGUCGCACAGAUGAAUACUUACCCCCAUCAAUCACACGACAACCAAAUGAAACUAAUGAAGACUGGGCUUUUUUUGAUGUUAAUAUUUUUGUAGACCGUGACAUGUUCAUGCAGUAUCGAGGCAGUGGUGUUGGGCACAAGGCAACAAGAGAGUGGGACUCUUUCCUCCAGAAAGAGCCCCACAGUUCGACAGACCACAAGAACGAGCCAGCACAGAUUGAGGGCGAGGAUGAUGAUGGCAUAGAGACAAGCAAGAGCUGGGACACCGAAGAAGAGAGUGAUGAGGAGCAAGAGUUGGAGGGAGAGAACAACGAGGAAGAGGCUGAGGUUAUAGAAGAUGAGGGAGCACAGGAGUGUUAUGGCGAGGACGAGCUUGGAGAUGAAGAAGUGUUGGAUGUAGAGGGUUUUGCACCAAUGUAUAGUACUCGUUCACUGUGCCGAGGUAUCUUUUCUGCCUUCCUGUAUCUUUGUAUCCAGCCUUUUCUCCACUUUUCUAUCUCGGCUUAA